GUUUGCUGCCUCUCUUACGAGCCCUGGAGCCCAGCAACAAUGCUCUGACAACCAGGGCUACCAAACAGCAAUAUUUCGACAGCUAGGGCUACCAGCCAGCAAUGCUCUGACAGCCAGGGCUACAACACAGCAACACUCUGACAGCCAGGGCUUCCAAACAGCAAUGCUCCGACAACCAGGGUUACCAGACAGCAAUAUUUCGACAGCUAGGGCUACCAGACAGCAAUGCUCUGACAGCCAGGCUGCCAGAGAGCAAUGCUCCAACAGCCAGGGCUACAACACAGCAAUGCUCCACAAGCCAGGGCUACAACACAGCAACACUCUGACAGCCACGGCUACCAGACAGCAAUGCUCCGAUAGCCAGGGCUACAACACAGCAAUGCUCUGA